UAAAGAUGAUCAUAAAUAGAUAAUCUCAUCUAUUUCUAAGAUUAACUUCUUCUCCUAAGUUCUAUCAUGGUGGUUUGAAAGAUUAGGAUCGAAUAUUCACAAAUGUUUAUCGUGAUGGAGAUCCUUAUAUACAAGGUGCAUUGAAGAGAGUAUGAUGAUGAAUAAUUUAGGGAGAUUGGCAUAGAACAAAAGACAUACUGACUAUGGGUUAAGAUUGGAUUAUAGAUGAAAUUAAGAAGAGUGGUUUAAGAGGAAGAGGAGGAGCAGGAUUUCCAAGUGGUUUGAAGUAUUCAUUCAUGCCCAAAGUCAAUCCAGACGGAAGGUAGUUAUGUAAUAUUAUAUUAAAGACCAUCUUAUUUGGUGAUCAAUGCUGAUGAGUCUGAACCAGGAACAUGCAAAGACAGGGAAAUUCUAAGACAUGAUCCUCAUAAAUUAGUUGAGGGUGCAUUAUGUGUGGGAUUUGCUAUGAGAGCUAGAGCUGCAUAUAUAUAUUGUAGAGGAGAGUUUUGGGUUGAAGCUAAUGCGUUGCAACAAGCAGUUGACGAGGCAUAUAAAAAGGGAUUCUUGGGAAAGAAUGCAUGUGGGAGUGGAUAUGAUUUUGAUGUCUAUGUUCACAGUGGAGCAGGUGCAUAUAUUUGCGGUGAAGAAAUGGUACUAUUUAGAAUAAACUUAAGGGUUUAAUUGAAUCCUUGGAAGGAAAACCAGGCAAGCCUAGACUUAAGCCACCUUUCCCAGCUAAUGCGGGUUUAUGGGGUUGUCCUACUACUGUUACUAAUGUUGAAACUGUUUCUGUCUGUCCAACCAUUCUCAGAAGAGGAGCGAAUUGGUUUGCUUCAUUUGGCAGACCCAACAACAGAGGCACCAAAUUAUUUUGCAUUUCUGGUCACGUCAACAAUCCUUGUACAGUUGAAGAAGAAAUGUCUAUUCCACUUAAGGAGUUGAUUGAAAGACAUUGUGGAGGUGUUAGAGGAGGGUGGGAUAAUCUCAAAUGCAUCAUUCCAGGAGGUUCAUCUGUGCCUAUGUUGCCUAAAGAAGUAUGUGAAACUGUCCUAAUGGAUUUUGAUGCUUUGAGAGAUGUCAGAUCAGGAUUGGGAACUGCUGCAGUAAUUGUUAUUGACAAAUCCACUGAUAUUAUUGAUGCGAUCUUGAGACUAAGUAAAUUCUAUAAGCAUGAAUCAUGUGGACAAUGUACUCCUUGCAGGGAAGGUACUUCAUGGUUGGUUGAUUUAUUGGAAAGAAUGAAAGUGGGAAAUGCUGAUUUUGCUGAGAUUGACUAAUUGGAAGUACUGCAAUCUUACUAUUAUUCUUAAGGAAUUAACUUAUUAAAUUGAAGGUCAUACUAUAUGUGCACUUGGAGAUGCUGCUGCUUGGCCAGUUUAAGGGUUGAUUAGAUCUUACAGGGAAGAAAUCGAAGAAAGAAUUGAGGAUUAUCAUUCAAAACAUCCAGUCAAAUCUAGACAAUUGCGUAGUCAUCCAUAAUAAUCAGGUCAUUGA